UACAUAAAGUUGACUUUUAUAAAAAAAAAAAAUUGAUGUUUCUCUUCUCAGCUCAAUCAUCAUCAUACAAUUACAACUCCAAAUCCAAUUCCCGUGUAGUCGUGUACCCUGGCAAAGCUCUUGAUUUCUGGUGCUUCUUCUCUCUCUUUCCCCUUCCGGAGAAAUUGCAGAUACAGCAGGAUCAUGGCUGAAAAGAAACUUGUAAGAAUUGAUAUUAGUUCCGAUACUGUGUGCCCAUGGUGCUUUGUUGGAAAAAAAAAUCUAGACAAAGCAAUAGCUGCCUCUAAGGAUAAAUACAACUUUGAGAUAAAAUGGCAUCCCUUCCAACUCCAACCGGAUGCCCCUAAAGAAGGCGUUGACAAGAGGGAGUAUUACAGGAAAAAGUUUGGACCCCAAUCCGAAAGGAUGGAAGCACGGAUGUUGGAGGUCUUCAGGACUAUCGGUUUGGAAUAUAGUUUGUCCGGACUCACGGGAAACACUAUGGACAGCCACAGGCUUAUAUAUUUUUCUCAACAGCAAGGCCUUGACAAGCAACAUGAUCUAGUUGAAGAACUUUGCCUUGGCUAUUUCACACAGGGAAAAUACAUUGGUGAUCAUAAGUUUCUUCUGGAAUCUGCUGCGAAGGUUGGUAUCGAAGGGGCAGAAGAGUUUCUUACCAACCCCAACAAUGGGCUGAAGGAGGUGGAGGAGGAGCUCAAAACAUACUCAGGAAACAUUACAGGUGUUCCAUAUUAUGUGAUUAAUGGGAAUCACAAGCUGAGUGGUGGACAACCCCUUGAAGUCUUCUUGAGAGCUUUCCAAGCUGCUACAAGUUGAAUUUCAGCUCCCUCCCAAAAAUUUAUAGUGCCUCUAUUACAAUACCAGGAUGAAUAUGAUACCUUGGAUGGAUAUAACUCAUAUAAGAAGUUGAUUCUCCAUAUUGGUGCUGUGUAAACCUCUAUUAAGAUUAAGUUGUGAGACAAUGUUCAAACCUUCUACAUUGUAUAUCUCCAUUGUUCUUUUUUCUGGCAGGCUUCACAGAUAUAAUAAUAGUAAUAAAUCCAGUGAUUCUGGCUGUGUUUGUGUCACAGUUGUUCCAAAGUACUCAAUUCGUGAAGCUCAAGAGAUGGUUUCACGUUAUUGUAACGCUAAAUAAUAUGAAUUGAAUGUUUAUCUAAACACUCUUUGUGAA